CGGCCUGAGGUGACAAAGCAGCGCUAAUGAGGCGCUCGACAGGGACAGGCGGGGAGCCAGUUACCACCUCCCAGACCUCCACUGCGAGCCCCGCAUCCUUGUGGGGAGAGGGGCUGCGGUGAAGCCCAAGCGCUUUCAAGGGGUGUAAAGAAACCCGCCACGCCCUCCUUUCCCUCCCUCUGGCCGAUACAGACACACACCUCUCCCUCUGUGUGUGUCUCUCUCCCUUUCCCUGGCAGGCCACUCCCCUCUCCACCCGCCCUGGCCCUUUCCACAUCCUUCCUCCCCUUCGCCUCCCCUCCUCAAGCGCCCCCUCCUCCUCCUGUUGCGCCCUGCCUCCUCCCCUCCGCACGCGUGUCUCAGAGAGAGAGAGAGAGGGAGAGAGAGAGAGGGAAGGGGGAUGGCUGGGUGGGGAGGGGGAGAGGGAGAGGGAUGAGGUCAUCCUCUUUCCCGGCGUCAGUCAGCUGGGUGGCGGCGGCGGCGGCGGCGGAGGCAACGGCGGCAAAGCCAGGCCGAGGCAGGCAAGGAUGCGCCGCCGGAGCGGGGAGCGCUCUUUGGGGGGACCGGGCUGAGGAGGAGGAGGAGAAGGGGCGAGAGGGGCGCGCCUCGUCCGCGGGGCCCGGCGGGGAAGCCUCUCGCUCCGCGCUCCCCUGCCGCCUUCGCCUCCCUUCGCUCCCCGCAUCAUGGCCGCGAAGUCGGACGGGGGCCGGCUGAAGAUGAAGAAGGGCAGCGAGGUGGCCUUCACGCCGCUGCAGAACUCGGAGCACUCGGGCUCGGUGCCGGCGCUGGCCUCGGCGGGCUUGCCUUCCUCGGAGGGCGCCGGGGCGGGGGGCGAGGACGACGAGGCGCCCGGGGGCGGAGGCGGGGGCUGCUGCUGCGGCGGCUCCGGCCACCGGAGGCAGGGCGGCGGAGGGGGCGGCGGCGGAGGGGGCUGCCGGUGCUGCUGCGGCGCGGGGGGCGGCGGGGAGGCGCCGUCGUCGUCGUCGCGGGGCCCGCGGGGCUCGGGCGGCGGCUCCUCCUCGCUCUGCCUGCGCCUCGGCCGCGAGCAGCGCCUCUACUCGCUCUGGGACGGGCUCUGGAUCCUCGCCGCCGUGGCCGUCUACUUCGCCGACGUGGGCACCGACCUCUGGCUGGCCGCCGACUACUACCUGCGGGGCCAGCGCUGGUGGUUCGGCCUCACGCUCUUCUUCGUGCUGCUGGGCUCCCUCUCGGUGCAGGUCUUCAGCUUCCGCUGGUUCGUCCACGACUUCGGCGCCGAGGAGGGCGGGGGCCCGGCGGCGGCCUCCUCGUCUUCCUCGCCGCCCGCCAACCAUGCCGCCAAUGCCGCCGCCUCCUCGGGGCCCGGGCACGGCGAGACCAAGCUGCUGGUGAGCAGCGGCUCGGCGGCGGCGGAGAUGGACGCGGCGGCCCGGCCGGGGACGCCGCAGAGGCAGGCCUCCAUCGCCGGCAAGGGCAACCCCGCCUACGGCAACCCCGGGAGCGGCGGCGGCGGCCUCCCCAACGCUCCCAAGGGCCGCUCCGCCUCCUGCGCCUUCUGCAUCUGGCUCCUCCAGAGCCUCGUCCACAUCCUGCAGCUGGGCCAGAUCUGGAGGUAUUUUCACACGAUAUACUUGGGCAUCAGGAGUAGGAGGAGUGGAGAUAAUGACAGGUGGCGCUUUUAUUGGAAAAUGGUCUAUGAGUAUGCAGACGUGAGUAUGCUGCACUUGCUUGCUACAUUUCUGGAAAGUGCCCCACAACUGGUCCUGCAGCUCUGCAUUGUUGUACAGACACGCACUCUUCAAGCUCUCCAAGGUCUUACUGCUGCAGCAUCUCUUGUGUCUUUGGCCUGGGCUUUGGCUUCGUAUCAAAAAGCUCUCCGUGAUUCCCGUGAUGACAAGAAACCAAUCAGUUAUAUGGCUGUAAUCAUCCAGUUUUGCUGGCAUUUCUUCACAAUUGCAGCCAGGGUGAUUACUUUUGCUCUCUUUGCCUCCGUUUUCCAACUCUACUUUGGGAUCUUCAUCGUUCUCCAUUGGUGUAUCAUGACCUUCUGGAUUGUCCAUUGUGAGACAGAGUUCUGCAUCACUAAGUGGGAAGAAAUUGUCUUUGACAUGGUUGUUGGGAUAAUUUAUAUCUUUAGUUGGUUCAAUGUCAAGGAGGGAAGGACACGCUGUAGGCUUUUUAUUUAUUAUUUUGUUAUCCUUUUGGAAAAUACUGCUCUGAGUGCCCUUUGGUACCUAUACAAGGCUCCUAUGAUUUCUGAUGCAUUUGCCAUUCCGGCACUAUGUGUGGUAUUCAGCAGCUUUUUAACUGGCAUUGUUUUUAUGCUGAUGUACUAUGCCUUCUUUCACCCCAAUGGACCAAGGUUUGGGCAGUCGCCAAGCUGUGCUUGUGAGGACUCUGUAGCUGCCUUCACACUUCCUCCAGAAGUAGCAUCAAGUACUUUAAGGUCUAUUUCUAAUAACCGGAGUGUCACAAGCGACCGGGAUCAGAAAUUUGCAGAGAGAGAUGGGUGUGUACCCGUCUUUCAGGUGAGGCCAACUGCACCUUCUACCCCUUCAUCCCGGCCUCCAAGGAUUGAAGAAUCUGUCAUUAAAAUUGAUCUUUUCAGGAACAGGUAUCCAGCAUGGGAGAGACAUGUAUUGGACAGGAGCCUACGAAAGGCCAUUUUAGCUUUUGAAUGUUCUCCUGCUCCUCCACGACUACAAUAUAAAGAUGAUGCCCUUAUACAGGAGCGGUUGGAAUAUGAAACAACACUAUAAAUAUUUUUUAAAGCAAAAUAAACUCAAUGCAGCGGCUGUGAUACAUCCAAAUAAAAGGGUGCUAUAAGGGCCGUGGCAAUAACUUAAACUUCACUCUACAACAGAGCAGCAAACUAUAAUAGUAUCCUUACUCUGGCUACCAUCAUGAUUAUCAUUUGAUCCACUUUUCCACAGUCUGUCUGCAAUACACCUAGAAAGCAGCAGUAUCGAAGAGCCUCAAAGAAUCAGUAGUUUUGACUGAAAAAUAGACCUGGUUCAAUAACUUCCUAUUUCCUUCAAAGUGCACUGCAUAGCAUUUUAAAUUAAAGGAGGAGAAUUUGAAUGAAUGAUAUCAGUUACCAGUUAGUGCUUUUAUUAAUGUUGUUUUAGAGAAAAUUCGAUUAUUGAUGUUUGCAUUUAUAGAACGAAGAAUUUGCAAACUGAAGAAAUCAUUUAGAAAAACUUGUCAAAAUCACUUAUUUUGUAAAAGGCAAUAUUACUGUUAUGUGAAUUCUAGUUUCUAUAAAAGAAAUUAUAUCAUCCUCUAGUCUUGAAUAGGUAAAUCAUAAAAUAUUUACAAAAGAGUUAUUAUUGAAAAAAAACAUUAUUGGUUUUUUCUACUCUAGAACUAAAUUAGAUUCUAAUAUAUCUAAUUAUAUGUGUUGUAAUCAAAGUAGCUAUUGAGUUUCUUGAUUUAUUCACUUAUUUUCUUUUUUUUAUCUAAAUCAAUAUUAUAUGUACAACUUCAGGGGUUUGUUUGUUUUUUUAAAGGAAAUUCUAUGCAGAUGACCCCACCCCCAGUUUUCAGCAAAUGCAAGAAGCUCUAGCAUUUAUCAAUGUACAUUAAAUGAUAAUCAUGAUUAAGUUUUCAAUUGCAAAAAAGAGAGAAAUGAAAACAAGGUAAAAUUCAUCAUUCUGAGCCUUUUACAGACUAUGUUUAAAACAGCAUCAAGAGAUAAAAUGUCUUUUUGCUUAUUUUUUCAGGUUCUGGGAUGCUUGGUGUUGUGUUUGUGUGUGUAUGAGAGAGAGUGAAUAUAGAUGUGAUAACCAACCACAGCAUAUCACACCUUUCUAGUGCCAAACAUUGUGUAACUGCAAAUUUGAUAUUAUUGUUUGACGGACAGAACAUGUGUAACACAGGAAGCAAGAAGCUGGGAAGAAAAAACCUACAUCCUUCAUUUCCAGGCUCUGCCUAAAGUGAAAACCAAACACCUGUGUGUAAGUAUAUAAUGUAAUCAUAUAGGAAACCAAGCUGUGCACAAGGUAUUCUUGAUCUGGCCAAAAUCUGUUUCACUACAUUCAGACACAAUGCUGAAUCAUGAUUUAGCAUUACACAAAUGAACUUCAGCAAGUUUUUUGUACUACUCGUUCCGCCAUAAUGGGUGUGAAACUGGAUGUUCCAAAGUACAUUUUAGAUUAACUGGGGAUUAUCAUGUUAUCUAAAGUCUUGACUAAGCAAUUUCUCUUUGCUUAUGUGAAAUAAGACUGCUUUAUUAACAAAAGAAGGCCUUUUUAGACCUAACCAUACUUAGAAUAACAAUAGUUAUUCUGGAUUUACUACCUGAGGUUAAUCUAAAAGAAAAAUAAGCAUUACUUGGCUUCUCUUAGUAAUGCCACAGAGAUGAGGUGGUGCAAAAAUCAUAGGUUUGAUUCAUUUGUACAGUGCUAAACUGUGGUUUAGAGAACUUAUACAGGAGUGGCUUUGCUUACAAAAUAAAAUACCUCUUUACCUUGGUAAAGAUAAUUAUGUAUUUCCUUAUAUUAAAAGUAUCCCUUGAUGGUGCUUUCAGUUGCAUUAAAGGUGCAAAUCAAAAUUUGAUAGUAUUUUUUUUAAAGAAACAAAACUUGGUGCAAACUGGAAUAACUCAUGGAGUAUGUUGAUAUUUUUAUAAAGCAAAAACACAGGACACAAAGGUGUUACUUUUUAUAACCUUUUCUCAUAUAUUUCAGUCUCUUUAAUAACUUAAAAGUUUAAAGAUUGGUCUACAGUUACAUCAGCUGAUCCUUUGUGCAUUAAUAUGAUGUUGUAUUAAUUUGUUUUACAAUAUAAUGCCAUAUGAAAGCUUCCAUGGGUACUUUUAGGCUAUUGUAAGAACGAUGAAAUUUUCAGCUAAGUGUUUCAAACACAGCACAAUGUGUAUACUGGAUGAAAUAGUAAAAUCCUGUUUCUGCUACAGAGAGAUUUAACAAACAACUAAUGUGUGAUAAACAAGGGAUACGAAGAUCUAAUAUUUCAAUACCAUGAUCUCACACAUACUUGUGAUAUUGGAUUGCUGGCUUCUGGUUCUAUACAUUUUCCAGGAAGUAGCAAACCACAAUCUCCACAUACAUCUGCACAGCUCUAGAACCUUCAAAUUACUGUUGGAUACACAGAAAUAAUAACCUAAAAAGUAGUUUUAUUGUGUUAUUCACCAGCAGACACAUCUCUUUAAGUGUAUCUUUAAAAUUACUGGCCGUAAUAAUGUACCAGUUAUAACUGUAAUAAGAAAAUUGUGUGUAAACAUAGCAAACUAAAUCAACUUUUUCUCUAAGGAAGAACUCAGAAUAUCUAUAUGUCUUCUUCAGCAGAGUGAAUAAUGUCUUGAAAUUUGCAAUUCAAUUAUCAUUGAACUCAGUCCAACUUGAACAAAGUUUUAACUAAGUACUUACAUGUGAGAUGAUUAUUGGCCUGACCCUAAGUUGAGAUGUGCCAACAAAAACGUUCCCUGGGAUAUGACAUGUUGAAAGAGCUUACCGAAACCAAAUCUGACAGGUCUUGAAGGAAGAUUAUGGCAGUAUUCCAGCAGAUUUGAAGUUUAAAUUUUAGAUAAAACAGAAAGCCAGUCUAUUACACGAGAUGAGAAAUCAUGGUUUCAUAUGUUAGGGUUUUAUCCAAAUUAAGUCACAUUUUAGUCUCAUGUAAAUGAGAUGGAAUAGUUAGCCAGAACUAACUUAAGUUCCACUCAUGUAAUUGAGAUAGGGGAUACAAUCAUGUUUCUAUUAAUGAUGAGUAAGACCUAGUAAACCCAAAAAGACCUUUGCAUAGACAAGUGUAGGCUUAUGCAUGACUGUCAUUUGAGACCCCAUUAAACCAUAGCAUGAUGCAAUGGGAAUAGGGAGAUAACCAUUUCUGAACAAGUCAACAUUGUAACAUAAAAAACUGAAUCUGCUGAUAGAUCCAGCAGAUAGAGUCUUUUUUCUGUUACAGAAUUUGUAACACAGAAUGAUUCGAUGAGAUUUUCUUAUCCAUAAGAAUUUAGAUAUAAUAUAUUUCUUGACUUUAACAAAUUUUACACUGCCAAGUCUUGAAAAUAAAACACCAGUGGAAGGAGUAAAUCCAUAUUAAAUACCUAGUGCAUUCAUGCAAUAGCCCAUGAGUAUAAUUCCAAGGUAGAAAUGGCAAAGCAGACGAUAUACUGUAGCUAGCAUAUAUAAUAUAUGUGAUGUUGAAAUAUCGUCCGUUUAGUACAGCAUAUAAAAUAUUGCAGCAGGUGGAUGUUCUCUUUCCAAAUCUAGUUUAGCAGGUUACUAUUCAUUCCCUAAAAAGAUAUUUUGCCAUAUUCACACCCAGCUAAUAGACUGUUUAAUUCCAAAUUGGAAGGAGUGGAAGAAACAGAUAUGAAGGCAGAUAUUAGCAGAUAUGAGUGACCCCGUGGUCAUUUUGCUGACAUCAAGUGAGAAGGGGCAUAUUUAGUGGAUGAAAGGCAUAUGCAUUCCUGUAUGGCUGGUAGAAAAUAGGUAGACAUUUCUAUGGUGGGUGCAAAUGGGUGGAGGCUGAGAAGAUAGGCUUAGGGAUGGAAAGAAUAUUUGAAAAUGUUUAAAAACUUCUUUCUAAGCUAUUUUCCCAAUGGAGAGGUUAGCGUUGUGACUGUUGUUUCCACAGGGUUUUGUUUUGGGCAUCCUCGGGUCUCAGGUUGGCAGCAUGCAUGUCUUUGUUAGUGCUGUCCAUUCACCUUUUCUUUGGCCAUCCAUAUAGUCAUCCUGCAAUCUCCAGAUUUAGUGUUGUUUGUGCUGAUGUUGGUUCUCUUCUCAUGACAUGGCUGUACCACCGUAGUCUUGCUUCCUUCAUUUUCUUGCUGAUCGCUUUUAUUCCUAGUCUUUGACUAGAAAUUCCUUGUUUUCUGCUCAGGUGAUAAUGCCAUGUAAUGUCUACAUUACAAAUAUAGCUUUGUGUACUUUCAGCAUGACUCUGAAAAAUGCCAUCCCAGUGCGCUGGGAUUAAAAUCAGCAAGAGAUUUCAAUAUAUUUCAGGGUGCUGCUGAGAAAGGAGACAUUUGUCUGAAUGUUCUUCUCAUCCUUUUCCAAAAUACUAUUAAACUUUCAGCAACUCUAAAAGGGAGAAAUACAAUAAUCUCUAUCAUUUCUGUUAGGGUCUUAACUGUAACUUAUGCAUGUAUUCAUAGUAUCAGCUGAAGGAUAUUUUUUAGCUAUUGAUUUCAAUCCAAGGAGCAGUUUCUCCCUCAUCUGCCACAGGAAUCAGUCUUCUUUUUUUUACUAGAAAUAGUUCACUAAGAUUAACCCUUUUUAUCUUUUUUGCCUAUAUCCAUGGGUCUACAGUCUUUACAGCAUAAUUCUAAAGACUGUGGAAUACAUUUCCAGCGAUGACUUUAUUGCCCCAUAGCUUCAUUUUAACUUCUGCUCUUAAACUUUGUAAUCUGUCAGGUUUCGAUGAGGCAAGUUCCAAAUAAGAUGUUUUGUUUUUCUUAGAAAUAUAUUACCAUCAAGUGAUUACAUGUUAUUACUCACUAUACUGUUUAUUUAUAUAUACUGAAGUAAGCAUCCACUUGUGCAAUAGGACUUACAUUCAGUUAAGAGUAUAUAGGAUUGCAUUAUUUAUGCUUGAGUGAAAUCAUCUACAUGGAUUUCAAAUGACAUAAUCUAUGCAGCAAAGCCAGAUUAAAAAGUGAAGAGGCAGCUCUAUAAAAACUUUGUCACUGUCAAACACUGAUAAACUCAAUCUUCUUUCCCGCAUAUACAGAGUUUUCUACUUUGUCUGUUAAUUUGAUUCCAUAGAUUUCAACUUGUGAAAUAAUAUUCCUAAACCCGAAAAGGUAUCUUGCUUACUGGAGAUGAAGAAGGAAAUAGGGAGAUGAUGAAAAAUAAAUCUGGCAGAACCAGGGAUAGAUAGAUAGAUAGAUAGAUGAUAGAUAGAUAGAUAGAUAGAUAGAUAGAUAGAUAGAUAGAUAGAUAGAUAGAUAGAUAUUCCAAAAUGAAAAUAUGAACAGAGGAAGAACUAAUCUUAUUCCAACAUGACAAAAUUUCCAUGUCCUCAUAAGAUCCCUGAAAGUUGCUCUUAUUUUACUACCCAGUCCAAGGGUCUCACAUCAUUGGAUGGACGGCAUAAGCUAACUACAACUGUUGACCAUAUCCUGUACAAAGGCUUGUAACCUUUGACAUACAGCUCUCUGACAUGGCCAAUCAUUUCUAAAGGUGCUAAUGGGAGCUCACCAAUGUGUUCUUAACCCUAUGAUCUCCACACUCAUGCCAUAAACGGUGAAAAAGGUAUCCCAUGUUAUGUCACACUCGUAUGAUCACUAAAUUUUGACAAUGCAAAUGAAGUGUUCAUUAGAAUGAUAAUGAAGUCCUGCUGCUGGUCAGAAGACCAUACUACAGGUGUAAAUCAGAAUGUGCACUUCAUUCGGUCCAGUCCAGCAAUCUUAUCAAAAAAUGUAAAUAAAAAUUGAAAUCACCAAAGAAAAAUGCCAAAGGCUAAUUAUUCUUAUGCCCUCCUAAACAGAGGAAGUAGUGAUAUCCCACAACAAAAUGCCAUCAAAGAAGUACUUGGCAAUCUUUCUUCAGUAGUCAUUGGAUGAAAGAGACAAAGAUACUUGAGAAAGGUGGAGUUGGCUUAAUAAUAACAACUGUGACAAUAAUAAUAAUGAUAAUGAUAAUAAUAAUAAUAAUAAUAAUAAUAAUAAUAAUAAUGUAAUACCCACCUCUCCUUAUGGUUUGUGGCGGGGUACAACAUAGUUACAACAAAUAGAUAAAAUGCUAUUAAAUGCAACACACACAUAGUUUAAAUGCAAGUUAAAAAUUACUGACAAAUGCAAAUAAAAUUCACAAGCUAAAGUUGACUCGGUAAGUCUUUUUUAAGACAAGUGUCUUCAGUUCUGACAGCUGAUUUAGCUGUCAGGACUCUUCUGGCAGGUCAUUCCAUAGUCUUGGGGUGGCCAAUGAAAAUUUCCUCUGGGUGAUGGCUGCCAGUUGGGUUCUGGCGGCUGGAGUAGCAGCCCUCAGAGGACCUCAGUGUGUGGGCUGAUUGUAUGGGAAGGUAGGCAACCUAGACCCAAACCAUGUAGUGCUUUGAAGGUCAAAACCAACACUUCGUAUUUUGUCCAGAAAUGAAUUGACAACCAAUGGAGUGACUUUAGUAUGGGUGUAAUGUGCUCGCUUCUUGUUGUUCAUGUACCUUAUCUGACUACAGUGAUUUGAACUAAUUGGAGUUUCCAAAUUUGGUACAGAGGUAGACCAAUGUAAAGCGUUUUGCAGAAGUCCCAUCAGGAGGUUAACAAUGUGUGCACUACCAUCCCAAAUUCUGCUCUUGCUAGCAUGGUAAACUUCCACAAAUUGCCCCCCCCCCCUUGGGUCUGCAGUGUCAUGCAGUAUUCAUUUCCUUUUGAGUCGCAGAUACUUUCUGAGUAUCUUAUAUUAAUCAAGGGUAACUAUCAGUGGUGUGCAUUUGUAUGGAAUUGCUGUUCAUUUUGUUUAGUUUCAUUCAUUUUGUUUCAGUUUAGUUUUUGUCCCCAUUUCCGAAAAUGGGGCGCCUAUACGACUAGAAUGUUCGUCUCACAUCUGAAAAAAAAAAAAAACCCCACUCGGUUUUUGGACUAGAGGGGUAAAAAUCGCCACUGAGGGUAUUUCAACCCCUUUUAGCCCACCAACUUUUAAAACGUUUGGGUCUUCCCCAGAGUGCUAUUUUUUAUUAUUAUUAAUAUUAUUAACACCCAUUGGCACACAUCAGCUGUCAUGGGAAAGCAGACCUCUCUCAGACUCAGCUUUGGAUCCCAGAGUAACUAUUGUUAUUAAUAUUAAUAUUAUUAUUAACACCCAGUGGUACAUAUCAGCUAUCAUGGGAAAGCAGACCUCUCCCAGACUCAGCUUAGGGUCCCAGAGUAAUUACUGUUAUUAAUAUUAAAAUUAUUAUUAACACCCAAUGGUACACAUCAACUAUAAUGGGAAAGCAGACCAUUGUCAGUACCUGCUUAUUGUUAUGCGCCCCAAAACGAAAGAAAAACUAAAUCAAGCACGGUGACUGUGCAGCUUUUUCUUUCAUGUCACCUUUUGUUUCAUCUGAAAAUGGCAUCUUUCAUUUCAUGCAUCUGGAUGGAUGAUACUAAACGAAUAGAUGAAUGAAACGGAUGAAACAAAUACCACUCACAUCUCUAGAAACUAUGUCAAUUAAUUCCAUUGUAGUUCCCGGUUGUGGAAAAUCAAAAUAUGUUGUGGAAUACUUUUGCAAGGCAUACCUCGAAAUGUUGUCCUCUGGCCAUAUUGUACCUGAUUGUCCUGGAGAACAUAAUAUUUUAUUGUUUUGGGCCACUGAAUCUUUUUGAAAAACUAGAUCUGGUUUUAGAUUAAGAAAUGAUGUUAUCUGAGGGCACAAUUGCUUUAUAAUGUGUAAAAUGCCUGAUUUUUUUUAUCUUAAAAGCUUUUUUCAAUAUCACUAAAAUGAAUGACAUCUACUUUGUGAAUAUACUUCAAACCUGUCAGUUUUCUAGAUUUUCCAUGUAAUUAUAAUCCACACUGUGGGUUUAGUUUGUAUACUGUGUGCCACUUUUAAACUUCAAAGGAAAUAUCAAAUAUGAUGGACCUUGGAUACUCCUCGAAAAUCCAACAAUGCCCUGAUAUAAAAGCUGCCUAUAUCCCCUGAAUUUUGCACUACUGAUGUAAUGUAACAAUAAUAUAGUCAUACUGCUUGUAUGUGUAUGUUCCUCCUCCCAUGUUCCUAUCAAGGCCACCAAUAUAGGGUUGUUCUCAUUUUCCUUCUCUAAAAUCCAUGAAGCUGACGCCCCAAGGAAUGAGAUAAGAGAGGAUAGAACUACAAUUUGCCAUGCCCCUCUAAACCAUACUCCCCAUUUUCCCUUGGAUGUUUUGCUCUUCCGAUCCCAUUAUCCCCAACAGUUGUCCAUGAAGAAAGCUGUAGUUCAAAAAAUCUGGAAGGCAUUAGGGUGAAAAAAAAAGGCUUGUCUAAAUUAAUUUGCCAUCCUUGGGUGUUGCAAAAAGUGCCUAUGUUGAAAUAAGAGUUAAUCUGGAUAAAAAUGUAUGUGAAAUUGGGAGAGGUGUGUGCAUGACUUCAGCUAAAUAUCCCUGAGCAAAGUUGCAUCAGUUUUAAAAGGAAAUGAACUUCAAGAAGGCAAAAAAGUGUUUUUGAUCCAGACAAUUCUGAGACAGUCUUGUCCAAAAAUCUAUGGACUAUUCAGCAUUCCAAAAUAGAGGGUUGUUAUGUGUUUUCCGGGCUGUAUGGCCAUGUUCCAGAAAUAUUCUCUCCUGAUGUUUUGCCCACAACUAUGGCAGGCAUCCUGAGAGGUUGUGAGGUAUAUUCCAAAAUAGAUUUGCAUUGUUCACACUAGGGACUUUAAGGAUAAACUGGCCAAAGAACUUCAACAUAAUUUUCCUACCAAAUGAAUGGCACAUCUUAGCACUGUCAGGCUUGUAAAUAAUCAUAUUCACUGGUUUAAAAAAGUGUCUUGUGAACAUACUGCUAGAAAAUUCUUCGGAGCAUUGACAUGCUCAAAUGUGGUUGCUGCCAGAAUACUAUAGCUAUAUUCUAGUUCUUAUCUCCUAUCAGAAAGCUACAAUACUAGUGUAAACAUGAAUUAAAAAAAAUUAUAUAAAAAAGUGAAAGCACACAGGGAAGCAUACAUCUUUAUAGUGAAACAAAUCAGUAACUGAAAAUUUACAUUAGUCUUUCCUUUUCCAUACAAUUACAUAGUUGGAAAAUUCACAUCAUACCAAGAGGAUUCCCAAAUAUGAUCCAGGAAAUGUUGAGACCAGGUGGAUAUUUGAAAACUGUUAAAAACUGUUUGAAUUCCAGAAACCAAGUAGGCAUUGGAGUUAUUUCAUGUCGGUUAAAUUGUGCCCUUUUUAUUAGUAUCCAAGUAUCCAUAUUCUUUUACACCUUUAAGUAAGCAAAUUCCAAGCAACCUUUGAGAUUUUUGCUGUGUUUAGCUUUUUUGACAGCUAUUUUUUAAAAACAUCAAACUACCUCAGCAGUCUUUAAUUUAUUCCCCAAAACAUUUUAAACAUGCACUUUGUAUUUUUUCAGGGUUUCUUUCUCAUUCCCAUGCUUUCCUGUUUCAAAAAGCCAUGCUAGUUAGUUUGUAGAAGAUUCUAAACAAUAGACUCUAAACAACAGAAUUGCUAACCAUUGCAGAGCACACCUUUUCCAUUUGUUCCGAUUCCUAGGGUGAUAUUUGCACAGAGACAGGUGCCUGCAUGUAUCUCCUAUGUUGCACUGUGAAAGAACAUGCUAUGUGUGUGGUUCCAGGUUGCAUCGCAUUUCUGGAGCUGGAUUGCGAACUGUGAGCACAACGUGAGAGCUCAUAAUCCUUUGCUUGAGAUGAUAGAUAACUUUAGAGGCUGAAUGAUGUGGUGAGAAUAUUAGCCAUCUGGGUUAAUGGUGCAAGAUGUUGGGUAAGGUCCGUACAUGGUUGGAACAGGACCUUGGGUCUAUGAUGUGCAAUUUAAAUAUCCAGGAACAAAAACCACAGAAGCUGCUUGUAUAUGCUUAAUUUGCCUUAAAAGAGUUGUGCUUUUCCUAUUCAUAAUACUUAGUUUAUCCUGUAUUAGGAAUAUAAUUGUAUACACAUUUUUUUCAUAAAAAGAGAAGGGUGAAGUUACUGUUAGGAACAGACUAGAAAAUUGAAUAGAAUGGACCAAUAAUUUCUUGGCUCCUGUUGUAUCCUGUUGCAUUAUACAAAGAUUGUGCUAACUAGUCAUUAUUACUGUGCUUUUACUCAAAAGUUACCAUUAUCAGAGAAACAAGUUCUGAGAGAUCACCUUUGUGUUUAUGGUAAAAUGUAGAUAUAUUUCCCUCAGUACAAGCACAGGGACUUGAGUUGGACCAUAUUCAUGACAGUUCUUGUGCAACGACUUGUAAACAUUGUACAAAGGUAUUUGGUAUUUUGUUUUGAGAUGAAAACUCAAAAUAGUUAAUGAAAAGAAAUCCUUCAUGUAAAUAGCUAUAUUCAGAUUCCAUGUAUACAAACAUUCCUUUAGAGUCCAGAUUGUGAAGAGUGUCUUUAUUGGCUAGAGAUCACUGUCUUGCUUGGCAGUGGUUACAUGUGCUAUAGUAAAGAACACAGUGUGUGAAGUAUUUGGUGUACUACAGUACCAUAGUUAUUUUGGUCUGUUAAGUAAGUUGCAAUUUGUGAUGAAAUGAAGUUGAAAGUAGUGCUUCAUACUUACAAAUUUCUUCAGUUAUAACUUGAUUUUUCUUGUAAAACUUCAAAGGAAAACUUGAAAAUUUUAUAUAUUUGGAUUUUGUAGGGUUUUUAUUUUAUUUUAUUGCAACACAAAGUACCAAAUCAUUAAAUAAAGUACACUGUGGUCAUUUUA